AACAUAAUUGCGCACAACACCUGUUCUUGUGUUUUUACUCUGCCUUUUAGAUGCUAAGAUAGUGAUUUAGGAUUACUGUGUAGUUAUUAGACGCCUCUCUUGUAAAUGAGACCACCUGUCAAUGAAAAGGAUUACCUGUUUAAAUGAAUAUCAAUUUGUUUUGAUUUUUGUUUAAUUUUUUUUUUGGAGAGAAGUAUUUUUAAAGGUAUUUUGAACAUAAACGUUAGGAUUCUAAAUAGGUUUUGGCAGGCCGUCUUGUCGCAGCAGACAUGGCAGAGACGACAGAGGAUCCCUUACCCAGGACAGACUGCUAUGGAUGGGCUGUGCAGAACAAGCUGCAGGCUUUUACCCUUCUAGGGGUCCUCAUAGGGUUAGGAGUUGGUCUAAUAUUGAAGUUCACUCUACAUCUGACCGAAGCCCAAGAGGAAAACCUGACCAUCCCCGGGGAUCUGCUUCUAAGCAUGCUUCAGAUGUUUACAGUCCCUCUCAUUGUGACUAGCGUCAUUGCAGGCGUUACUGGAUUGAGCGUCAAAAUGUCCAAGAACAUAGCUAUGUACACAGGACUGUACAUCCUUACAACCACCUUUCUGAGUGUGAUUACUGGAGUGAUUCUGGUGCUCGCUUUCCAACCUGGUGCGGCAGAUAUCACAUUUACUGAGGAGGAGGACAAGGACAAACCGCCCUUUUCCAUUGACGUUAUCCUCAUGGAUCUUUUGAGGAACACGAUUCCCCAUAGCUUCAUUCAGGCUUGCUACCAGCAGUACAAGACUGAGAUAGUUCUGGUCCAGUUAGCAGAAGAUGACCCGUCCUAUGAUCCAGCAACAAACGGCACUCACAUGCAACUGCUCGGCCACUACGUUAGUGGAGCCAACAUGCUGGGACUGAUCCUUUGGUCUUUCAUCUUUGGCAUGAUGAUAUCGAGGAUGGGAGACCGUGCAGAGAUCGCCGUGGAGGCCAUCAGAAGCCUGAACGAGGCCAUAAGAAUCAUAGUCACCUGGAUACUGUGGUACUUGCCCGUUGGAGUUCUGUUCCUGAUCGCUGGCCACGUGGUUUCAGUUCAGGACUGGGAAUCCGUGUUUAAACUCGGGAAGUUGGCUGGGGUGGUUUGUCUUGGGCUCUUCUUGCACUCCUUUAUCGUUCUUCCCCUGUUUUAUUUCCUGUUUUCCAAACGGAAUCCCUUCAUAGUCUUCAAGAUGGUGUCAAAAGCCUUGGUGACCGCACUUCUCAUCGCAUCCAGCUCCGCCUCUCUGCCCGUGACCUUUCAAUGCUGUGAAGAGAAAAUGAAGGUGGACCAAAGAAUCAGCCGCUUCAUGCUGCCCAUCGCCACCAGCAUCAACAUGAACGGAACCGCCCUCUACGAAGUGGUCGCCGCCAUUUUCAUUGCCCAGCUCAAUGACAUCGAUCUGGAGAUCGGUCAGAUCCUCGCCAUUGGAGUGACUGCUUCCAUUUCCAGCAUUGGAGCUGCGGGGAUCCCAGCAACAGGAGCAGUGACCACUCUGCUGAUUUUGACAGCGGUGGGACUGCCGGCGCAUGACGCCUCCCUCCUGGUGGUGAUGGAGAUGCUCCUGUAG